AAUAAGUAAACAUGUAUACACGUCAUUUUGGCCUAUAAACCUGAUACGCAAAGUAUCUUUCCCGGGAACAGCUUUGCAUGAGAGAGCAGUAAGGAGGUUAAUGAAUAACGUAGAAAGUCAGUUCACCAGCUGCACAUCUGCAGUCAGACGCAGACGGAGAGGAACAGAGAAGAGACGAGGAUGGAGAGACUUCUUCUGACCAUCAUCAUCAUCGCUGGGGCAGGGCUGAGUGCUGUCUCAUCAGCUGCUGGACGUCAGUACUAUUUUGUUUAUGACAGGAAGAACUUUACUGAAGCCCAAAGAUACUGCAGAGAGAAAGACGCAGACCUGGCCACUGUAGACAACAUGGAGGUUAUGAAGAUCCUGAACAACACGGCAAAUUUAGACAACAUGUUCUACUCCAAGAACAGCUACAGAGCCUGGAUAGGACUGUACGAUGACCAUGUCCCCAACCCCUGGAGGUGGUCACUGUCAAACACAAGUUUCUACAAACCCGGGGAGAUGGAGUUCAGACGAUGGAUGACUGGACAACCAGACGCUGGACACAGUUAUAAAGUCUGCACAGACAUGCAUCCUGAUGGACUCUGGCACGACCUCAGUUGUGAAAACAGCCGUUAUCCAAUCUGUGUAGAUGUCAGAGGUGAGAAUAUUAACUAG